UAAAAUAAGGUGACGCCUACAGUAUAUGACUCACUGACAGCCUGAGAAAAAGAAAAAAGAAAAGAAAAAGGAGAAGAAAGUCCUCCAUUUAACUUUACUUCUGUUUUCAGCUGUUUGCAGCAACAGCUGUAGAUCCUGGAGCUGCCAUCUUUAACUAGAAUAUUUCUCACAAUGCAAUGGCAACUGCUUUGAAGAUAUUGUUUUAUUUUGGGCCAUAAAUUUACUUGCAGAAGUGAAUUGCGCUGCACCUUAACCUCUGAGAAAGUGAACGCAAGAGUGGAAGAGCCCCGCCUCGACUUGUAUUGUUUGUUUGUCUCGACUUCAGAGAGGCGGUGUUAUUAUUCUUGCUGUAGUGGCCCCCCUGCUGCAUAAGUACAGAGGAAAUGGUGUGCUGUUGCUGAGGUCAUGGACAAAUUCCUUUCUGCUCUCUGUCUACAUCAGCAGGUGUUAUGGAUCUACAGUGUUUCCUGUGCUGGAGAGUCGCCCCGCUGCUUCUCUUGAUGCCAUGUGGGCUCCAGUGCAUGUCAGUGCACAUCCUCAAUGAUGAGCCUGUGCAUGUAAUCCCUGGCUCCAGCCUGCAUCUGAAAGCGCGAAUCGAGCAUGGACCCCUGGAGGGCAUCUCGGCGGUGACCUGGGAGCGGGAGCCCGAAACUGGAGUCGCUCCAGAGAAAGUAACGCUGGCCACGUGCUCCGGCAGAAGCCUCCAGUGUACCAGUGUGAGGCCCAAUUCCCAUGCGAACGUGGAGCAGCAGCAGGCGACGCUUCAGGUUAAGGGAUACAGCAGCGGGGACAGCGGCGUGUACGCUGUGACUGUGACAGAUCACACGGGGACCAAGACCACGGCACACUGCAUCGUCAGGAUAUACGAGCCGGUGCACCACGUUUCAGUCAGCAUCAACGUGUCUCACUCCUUGCUGGUUUGUGGUGAGGCCUGGGGGACGGACCCCCACUUCAGCUGGCUGUAUGAGAGAGUCGCCAUCACCGGCACUGUGGGAAAAGUCUCCAAAGAUGGAACAACAUUGUAUGUGACCAAGAAUCCAUUCUGUGGUCACUUCACCUGCAUGGUCAGCAACAAGCUGGGCUACAGUUCUGCCACCUACAGUGCAGCGCCUUGUGAGACAGGAGGCAGAGGGACAACGGCUGCUGUGGUUGUGUGUCUCGUCCUCUUGCUGCUGUUUGGAGGAGUGCUGGCCUUCCUGCUGUGGAGGAGACACAGACACAUUCACAGAGGAGAGAGGCUGCACGAACAUUUGGACGACAACAUCUAGGAAAACAAAAAAAAAUUAAGCAAUUUUAGUAUUAAAAAAAAAAUUAAAAAAAGGUCUCAGAACUUCCUGUCCGGUGAGCAGUAUGACCUCACACUGUUUAGGAACAAUGUGAAGAGUGAACUGCUUGCAGGCAAAUAAAAAAAUAUUUAAAAAUGGAUAUUCAGCUGCCAGCAACGUCUUUACGCUGCCUCCUGCUGGGCUGCUCCUGACACUGUAUAUUCAAUAAAGCAAUUAUUUUGUAUGUGUAUUGAAGUGAAAUGUACUGUAUUGCCUUUAUAAUAAAAUCCCUUCACAUAAUGUGACAAAA